AUGGAGCUCCCAUUGAGAAUAGUUCCCAUACUCGGAAUUUGUCUAGUGAUCGCCACACGUUUUACAGCCCCGGCCGAUGCCUACGAACCCGCGCCUUCACCUCCGACCGAUGAUCCAUUCACGUCUGCUCCGGUUCAAACGGGCGGAGACCCUCCAAAAUCGCCACUGCCUUCACCUCUGGCGGACGGUCCAUUCCCAACUGCUCCAGCUCAAAUGGGUGGAGACCCUCCGAUGACUCCAGCAUCGCCCGUGCCUUCACCACUGGAGGAUGAACCAAUCGGGACUGCUCCGGCUCCAAUGGGUGGAGACCCUUCAUUGACUCCAGUGUCGCUGGUGGGAGUUUUCAAUGUCGUGGAUUACGGAGCGGUGGCCGACGGAAAGACGGAUAGCAGCAUGGCAUUCUUGUCCGCCUGGGAGGACGCAUGCGCACACCCCGGAAAUUCAACCGUCUAUGUACCCGACAACACAUUCUUGGUCGGUCCAGUUUCGUUCACCGGACCUUGCCGCAAUCCCUACUCCCCGAAAGUGGAGGUCAGAGGGAUUCUGAAGGCGCCGAAGUCCCCCAGUCAGUUCCCAUCCAACAAUUGGAUCGUUUUCCGAGACUUGCGCGGACUAGUCCUCACGGGCGAGACCGGAAGGGCUUUGUUCGAUGGCCGAGGAUCAGAAGCCUGGAGCGACCCAAGUUGCCAGAAGAAAAGCAGAUGCAACAAGCUGAUAACUGUAGGUUCAACUUCAAUUCGCAUCCGAAGGUUCGGCAAUUAA